GUACGUGUAGCCGUCAUGGGUGCCUUCAUAGCGAAGAUGCUUCUGCCGACCGUCAGCAGCCUGGUGUUCCUUCCUGCGGCCAGCGUGGCCACCAAGAGAGGAUUCUACAUGGAGGCCAUGGUCUACUUCUUCACCAUGUUCUUCACUGCGAUAUACCACGCGUGUGACGGACCAGGACUGUCCAUUCUGUGUUUCAUGAAGUACGAUAUCCUGGAGUACUUCAGUGUGUAUGGCACAGCUGUCUCUAUGUGGGUCACUCUGAUCGCUUUGGGAGACUUUGACGAGCCAAAGAGAUCCACUUUGACCAUGUUUGGGGCGCUGACCAGCGGUGUGAGAAUCUAUCAGGAUCGCCUAGGUUACGGAAUCUACGCUGGACCAAUUGGAACAGCUGUGUUCAUGAUCACUGUCAAAUGGUUGCAGAAAAUGAAGGAGAACAGAGGCCUGUACCCAGAGAAGAGUGUUUACACGCAGCAGGUUGGACCAGGCUGCUGCUUCGGUGCCCUUGCCCUGAUGCUCCGUUUCUACUUUGAGGAGUGGGACUACGCCUACGUCCACAGCUUCUACCACCUAUCCCUGGCUGUGUCCUUUGUGCUGCUGCUACCCAAGAAGAACCGCUACGCAGGAACGGGUCAAAACCCGGCCAAGCUGAACUGCUACACCCUGUGCUGCUGUGUAUGAAGUCCUUUUUUUUUUUAUCUCACAAAGACAGGAGAGGUGAUCAUCCCAACAGGGUUUAAUAGUAGCCUACGGG